CUUUUGGCUAAGAUCAAGUGUAGUAUCUGUUCUUAUCAGUUUAAUAGCUGAUAUGGGGCCACGUGCCCCAACGCUAUUAAUCUAAUUUUUUGUGGGAGGGGAGCCACCGGUAGCUUGCUGCCCGGCUCUCCACGUGUCGCUUUGGCCUUACACUACCGCCUUAGCCUGGCACAACCCAACCCCCUAAAUUUUAAAACUAAGAAGUAUUAUAGUUAUGGAAGACCAGAAUAAAUGAUUUUAAGACGGAUACUAACUAAACUCCUUUAAAUGUUUGAAUGGUCCUGGGUCCAAAAUAAAAAACAUUAAAGCCUGGGGUUUUAGGGUUUGUAGUAAGGAAAGAUGGAGGAAGCGAAGAUCAUCCACCUGGUAAGACACGCAGAAGCCUUUCACAAUGUCGAUGGCGAUGUGAGCCUCCAUCGCCUCUUCUUCCGGGGCGAAUGGCGCCAUCUCUCUCCGCGCCUCCUCAUUCGCGUGUUGCGGCCAUUCUGGCGCCACUUCCAAGCGUGGCUGCUCUCCUUCAUUGGCAAGGCCUCUCUCAAGCAAGCCCGCGCUCGCGACCAGAACUUCUUUGAUCCCAAGCUCACUCCCAAUGGCUGGGAACAGGUAAGAGCUCUCAUUCUCUAUCACUCGCGUUUUCUUCUCAUAUCGCAAUGCUCGAAUCAGAUUGGAAGGCUCCGCAAGAUCGUGGGAGAGAGUGGGAUUGAUCGUCGCGUUCAGCUGGUUGUGGUUUCUCCGUUGACUCGAACUUUGCAAACGGCAGUCGGUGUGUUUGGAAGCGGAGAGAUCGGCAGUCCGCCUUUUGUUGCACAGGAACUGUGUAGAGAACGGAUGAGCGUUCGAUCGUCUGACAAGAGACGGGCCAUUAGCAACUAUGCGCCAAUGUUUACAACAGUCGAUUUUUCGCAGAUCGAAGACGAUGACGAUAAAAUGUGGAAUCCAGACACUCCCGAGACAAUGAAAGAGCUGCAAGAACGAAUCACUCUUUUUCUGCAAUGGCUUUGGGAUCGCAAAGAGACGGAGAUCGCUGUGGUUUCGCACAGCAGCUUCUUGCGCAACAUGCUUAAGCGCGCAAAUCUAUUGCUCCCGAACUGUCAACUCACGACAGUCCGACUGACAAGAUCAGGAUGCGAUUUCAGAUUUUCCGACGCUUGAAUCUGUGUCAGCCACCGCAAACGUUUUGAUACAAGGUAUUUUUCAAUUCCAGGAGAUUACGCUUUCUUGUCAGCCUCGCCCAAGAGCGUGACAA